AUGGAUGAGAAUAAUUCGAACAUGAAAGAUAAAUAUGGUGAUUGGGAUGCUAAUGCUCCGAAUCCAGUCAAUCCUGAUCCUAAAUAUACGGGUGAUUAUCCUCCACCGAAAUUGACAACAUCAAAAGUUCCCGAUGCGGAUCCAUCAGGUGAACCCAAUACAGACUCAUCAGUGAUCGUUCAUCCACCACGACCACCAGGGCAAAAGCUAGGACCAUUUCUUCAAUUUCUCACCACUGACCUAAAGAAUAUGAUAUGGAAAGGAAGCAUGUUAAUCUUUCGACAUAUUUCAUCGGAUAAACGACCAAUAGUCGAAUUUCAGUCGGAUGUGAAAAUCGAUUUCAAUUGGGAAGUUCUAUACGAGAACUUAUUCAAUUUACGUGCAUACCGUGUUAAUCUUUUCAUUGGACUACGUUCCGGUGAAGGUAAUGAAAGGAUUCAGUGGACGAUUCAGUGGGGUGAUGAGAACGAGAAAAGUAAUGGUCACUUCUAUGUUCCUCGUCUUGAGCAAAAGUGGCGAGGAGGUUUCUUUUCUUGCAAUGGUUUCGAUGCAUAUGUUCCCAAAGAAGUAGCUAUGGAUUUAACUUGUUCGAAUGUUUGGAAUCAUCUUCUUUCAGUUCACGACGAGAAACCGUUACAUUUAUUAUUCUGGGGUGGUGAUCAGAUUUACAUUGACUUCAUUUUCGAAGACGUACCAUUUCUUCGUGCAUGGGUCAAUAUGGAAUGGAAUGCCAAAUGGACGACAGAUUUUCGUGAUGAUUUAAAAGAGCAGGUUGAAGAAUACUAUUUUAAUACUUACGUUGAAAAUUGGAAUUGUCGUCUGGAAAUUAGAAAGGCAUUACAAUCGAUUCCGAGCUUAAUGAUGUGGGAUGAUCAUGAUAUAUUCGAUGGUGCCGGAUCAUAUCCACCUCUACUGCAUGAUAGUCCCAUGAUGAUGGGAUUGUUUAGUGCAGCACAGAAGAUGCGGCUUCUCUUUCAACAUCAUACGACAUUGAAUCGAGCACGAGAACAUUAUCUGUUUGGACACGAAGGUUUCAAUUUGUUCGCACGAUGUGGUCGACAUCUGGCGAUUAUGGGUAUGGAUGAGAGGACUGAACGUAAUACGGAAGCUGUACAUCAUGAAAAAUCCUGGCAAAUGAUCUUCGACCGGCUUGAAAAUGAGCUCGAUGAUAUCGAACAUUUAAUUAUCGUGUUUCCUGUUCCGUUUUCGUUUGUUCGCGUUCGUGUUGCUGAAUCAGUUUUUGAAAAGAUGAAGAAUCUCCCAAAUAAAUGGCGAAAGCUUCCACCUGUCAAAAAAACCAAUUCUAUUUUUGGUCUGCCUGAACUCUAUGAUGAUCUUCUCGACGAAUGGACACAUGAAGCACAUAUCGAUGAGCGAAAUCGUGCUCUCGUUCGUUUCCAGCAGCUGGCUGAGAAGAAAAGAGUACGAAUAACUUUUUUCAGUGGCGAUGUUCACUGUUGUGGAAUUAGUCGAUUUCAGACUCGUGGAAAUCAUCGACCAUUGCCGAUCGAUGAUGCGAAAUUAAUGUAUCAGAUCAUUUCAUCAGCUAUUGUAAAUAUGCCACCGUCAAAAACGGCUAUUCAAGUUGCGCAUCGAUUUCGUACUGACUGGAUACCAGUGGAUGAUACAGAGGAAGAAGUAAUCGAUUUUUUCAAUCGGAAACCGGAGAAUGGUGCCAAAGCUUUCCAUAAAAAAUUUCGUCCGAAUAGAAACUGGUGUUGCUUUGAAGAGAGAUCCAAUACGUUCACAUCUUCUGUAGCUGUGGCACAAACACAUUGCUUUUCAUGUCGUAAAAGCCAUGUCACACCGAUAAGUGCCGGUCAGCGAUAUGAAGGUGAACAACUGUCAGAGCAACAAACUCUAACAAAUGAUUUAGGAAUUCGAUUAUGGCUAGAAAGUAGUCGCGAAGAGGAUCACGGACGAAAAUUUGUUGGCUAUGAUCUUCGUAUUCCUAAUCUUAAAUAG